AUGUCAGCCAUCAAAGCCUUCGAUUUCACGGGCCAAGUUGCCAUCGUUACCGGUGCAGGAUCUCGCAUGCCUGGUGAAAUUGGCAAUGGACGUGCAACUGCGAUCCUGCUCGCCCGACAGGGCGCCAAGGUUGCCUUGGUGGACUACAAUGUCGAAUGGGCCCAGGAAACAAAACGAAUGAUCGACCUCGAGGGUGGCGAAUCAGAAGUUGUCCAGGCUGAUGUGACUGACGAAGAGAGCUGCCAAAGGGCUGUCGCGCAAACAGUGGAAACGUUUGGGGCAGUAAAUAUUCUUGUCAACAUUGUUGGUGUCGGAGGAGCCAUGGGCGAUGCUACAACGCUUCAUGUCGCCGCGUGGGAGCGUGAUCUGAGGAUCAAUGUGACGAGCAUGGUCUUGAUGAGCCGGCACGCCAUCCCGGAAAUGAGGAAGUGCGGGCGAGGUGCGAUUGUCAAUAUGUCUUCCGUCAGCGGCCUCCUCGGAGGCAAUCCCAGUCUUCUGUACCCUACAAGCAAGGGCGCAAUCAUCCAAAUGACCCGAGCAAUGGCUGCCCAGCAUGGCCCGGAGAAUAUCCGCGUUAACUGCGUGUGCCCUGGGAUGGUUUUUACUCCUAUGGUGCGUGGAAGGGGCAUGACGGAUGAAAUGCGCCAAGCGCGUAUCAAUCAAAACCUCCUCAAGCAGGAGGGAACGGGAUGGGAUGUUGGCUAUGCCAUACUCUUUCUGUGCAGUCAAGAGGCGAAAUGGAUUACUGGGCUGAUCAUGCCGGUGGACGGAGGGACAACGGCAGGAAAAACGGACAGGCCAGCUCUGAAAGCUGAUAAAUUGGCAGAACAGAUUUCGGGCGUUCCGAAUAACGCAUGA